AAGUGCAGCCAACAGCUUCAGAGUCAGUACUCGCUGUACCCUAAUCAACAUCGGUUCUCGUAAUGGCAAUCGCAUCGGUGCCCCUGCUGAUUCUUUGUCUUGGCCUGUGUCUGAAAACGGCCUUGUCCCAGACGGUUCCGUCCCACAAUUGCGGGGAUCUGUUCAGCUAUUACCGUCGACCGGAUGGCUCACUCAUUGGUGUUUUCACGCCCCUCCAGGACGGCCUCACGAGUCUCGACUGGACCGUGAUGUUCACGGCACACGGCACUGAUCAGGCGCACACUGUGAGCAGCAUGGGGGGCUAUCCCGACAAAGAGACGGCGUUCGAAAAGAUGCGGAGUGGAGGGCGGGGCGAGGCCUUUGUGAAAUUCCAGAACUACGGCAACGAGCUGCCCAAGCUAAUCAAGGUGGAGCUCAAUGGUCACGUCUAUUGCAGUGCCUCAGAUUAUGAUGCCCCCUCGAGUACAAUGACACGCGGCUGGACGGCAUCUGUCUCGAGCAGCAGCGGAUCAAGAACGGCUCAUGUGGAGCCACCGCCCGCUGCCAGCACUGCCAGCAAUCCCUUCCUUAAUAGAGCGAGAACACGCACGCAGGCUACAGUUGCUCCACGGAUCGAGCCCGAUCUGUCGGAGUGUGGCGUGGAAGGUUUCGCGCCUGCCCAGGCCGGAGGCGAGAUUAUAGCCAAGGGGCGAUUCCCCUGGCUGGGCGCCCUCUAUGAAGACAACGGCCCAACGCUGAAGUACACCUGCGUGGUGUCGGUGGUUUCCAAGCGUACGGUGAUGACGGCAGCUCACUGCAUCCACGGCAAGAAAGCCCUGGACAUUUGGGCCUAUGUGGGACGUCAUGAUCGCAACACGCAUCCCGAGCCCGGAGCCACCCUUAUCCGCGCAUCACGUACGAUCACGCCAGCGCAGUACGACGGCAACCCAAUUCCCGACUCGGAUGUGGGCCUCGUCGUGCUCGACACUGCGAUUGUCUACACUAACUACGUGCGACCCAUCUGCCUGUGGACAGCGCGCAUGGGACUGCCAGCGAAUGAGGGCGACGUGGGCACGGUGGCGGGCUGGGGCCUAGACGAAAAUGCCGUCGAGACGCGUUACCCCAAGGCCGUCAAUGUCCGCGUAAUAACCCGUGAGAGGUGUCUGAAGGAAAUGAGCCGAGCAGAGGACUUCAUCACACCCAACACCAUGUGUGCCGGCAACAGCAAUGCCCACGGCCCCUGCCUGGGCGACUCUGGUGGCGGUCUGAUGAUCAUGCGCAACGGACGCUGGACAAUCAGGGGCAUCGUCGCCCUGGCGCCAAAGAAGGGAUUGAUAUGCGAUCUGACUCAAUAUGUAAUCUACUGUGACAUUGCCAAGCACCUCACAUGGAUCGAGAGCAACAUAGUGCACUAGAACUGCUGCGGAGUGAGAGAUGAAUGUGUGAGUGAGUAUAGUAUGUAAAUUCCCCAAUAGAAAUACUCCCAAGUGAAGUCAAAGUGUAGUUAGAUCAGUUACAAAAUAUAUGAGCGAUGAGAGAUGUUAUGCGCUGUGCUCGUCCAAUAAACAAUACGCAGAUGGGUUUUUGUUUGUAUAGC